GUUAAACACCCCAAACUUCCCUCACUCAAGAAAAAAUGCAUGACUUAAAAGCAUAUCAAAAACUCCACCAAAUGCCAAUUAGAGAUGUAAAGUUCGCGCUACAAGAAAUUCCAUUUAAAUGGAAAGAAACUCACGCACGAAUUAUGGACAUAGGAUGUGGCGAUGGAAGUGUUACUCUGGACGUUUGGAAAAAGUAUAUACCGGAAAACUUCAUGACUAUAGUUGGGAGUGACAAGAGUCAAUACUGUGUAGAUUUUGCAGAAGAGCAUUAUGCGAGUAAACGCGUUCAGUUCAUCAAACUAGACAUUGAAGAAAAGAUACCUGAAGAACUUGUUGAAAGUUUUGACCACGUGGUCUCGUCUUACACAUUUCAUUGGGUGAAUAUGCAAGAGGCUGCAUUUUUAAACGUGUACAACCUUUUGGCGGUAGGCGGUAACUGUCUGUUAAUUUUCCUUGGAUAUUUUAAGCCAUAUGAAAAUUACCGCAAGCUUUCCCGCACAUCAAAAUGGAGCGCGGAUCUUGAAAAUGUUGCUACUAAGUUUAUGUCGCCGUACCAUGACUCACAGGAACCAGAAAACGAAAUAAUUAGAAUGAUGCAACGUGUUGGUUUCCGAGACAUUGAUGUAACAUCGCACCACAAAACCUUUAAUUAUGUUCGUGGUGUUGAUGACUUUAAACUGCUCAUGAAAUGCCUGAACCCCUUCGACAGCUUGAAGGACAGAUGGGAAGAGUUCAUGGAUGACUACAUCAAGUUAGACCCGGAGGCCGGAACCAGCGUCUAUCAGUUAUUGAUUGUUUAUGGUGCCAAGUAAUCAUU